AUGACUACCAAUACCUAUAAAUUAGUUAUGCUUGGUGGUGGUGCUGUUGGAAAAUCUGCUAUCACCGUUCAAUUAGUUUCUGGACAUUUUGUACAAAUUUAUGAUCCAACUAUUGAAGAUUCAUACAGAACUUCUAUUUCUGUUGAUGGAGAAAUGGUUUCACUUGAUAUUUUAGAUACUGCAGGUCAAGAAGAAUAUUCUGCCUUAAGAGAUCAAUACAUGCGUUCAGGUGAUGGAUAUGUUAUUGUUUAUUCAAUUACAUCUACUACUUCAUUUUUAGAAGCCAAUGGAUUUAGAGAGCAACUUUAUCGUGUUCUUGAUAAAGACGUAUCAGAGCAUGUUUCUAUUGCUCUUUGUGGUAACAAAUGUGAUUUAGAAAAUGAGAGACAAGUAGAAACUGCAGAAGCUAAAAAAUUAGCUGACGAAUGGAAAGUAUUAUUCUUUGAAACUUCUGCAAAAGCUAAAAUCAAUAUCGCUGAAACAUUCCAGGCAUUAGUUAAAGACAUUAAAGCAAAUAGAGUGUCAUCAGAAUCUACUACUUCUACUGAACCUACUGAAACAAAAGGAAAGAAAGAAGGAAAACCUUCUAGAUCAAAGUGUGAAUUGUUAUAA